AUGGACCGGGUACCAGGUGUCCUAGAAGUGGACCGGGUACCAGGUGUCCUAGAAGUGGACCGGGUGCCAGGUGUCAUAGAAGUGGACCGGGUGCCAGGUGUCCUAGAAGUGGACCAGGUACCAGGAGUCCUAGAAAUGGACCGGGUACCAGGUGUCCUAGAAGUGGACCGGGUACCAGGAGUCCUAGAAGUGGACCGGGUACCAGGAGUCCUAGAAAUGGACCGGGAACCAGGUGUCCUAGAAGUGGACCGGGUGCCAGGUGUCCUAAAAGUGGACCAGGUACCAGGAGUCCUAGAAGUGGACCGGGUACCAGGUGUCCUAGAAGUGUUCCAGGUCACGCUUUUUGGGGCAACAUGGUGGGCUACCGGGUUGUAG